AUGCCUUCAAAAAAUUCCAUUUUAAAACGAACUGAACGUGCUAGAACUUUUCGUGCAGAAAUAAAAGCUAAAUAUCUUCGUGAACAACUCGCUUGCCUUCGAUCUUCUCUUUAUUUAGAGGAGCAAAAUAAACUUCUUUCUGAUGAACUUUUAGAAGUUUAUCAUGAUUCACAAGAACUUCAUGAAAAAAUACAAGAUCAAAAUCAUACAAUCUCUCUUCUGAGAGAACACGAAGAAGACAAUAUGACUCAUACACGUCGUCAAAUACAAAGAAGAGCUGAAGAGAAUCUGGAAAAAUCAGAGGCAGAGAACUUGCAUAAAUCUUAUUCGGCAAAUCACUGGGAAGCUAUAAAGGAACUUUUUCAAAUACUAGGCUUUACUAACAUUAAUGAUAUAUGUAUUUUUUUAGGUAAUAUUAUUUCAGAAGCAUUCGCUCAAUCAUGUGAAAGAUUUAUAGAAAUUCAAA